UGUGUCGUGUGGCGUGUGCGUGCCCGCGUCGAAUUGUUUUGUUUUACAUUCUAACAGUGAAGUUAUGUUAGCAUUGAAGAAAGCGAACGAAUAAAAUUAGCGAACCUUGCCAAAAUCGAGCGAACCCAUCAGCGACAGCGAGUUUUUGUAGAUAAAAACGUCCGUUUGACCACGCUGGAGUUAGCGCCUGAUCGUUGCCGUUGUGUUUUUGCCCGCUUUGAAACGUUUCUGGUAACGAAUUCCUGGAAGGUGUGUGCUGUGUUGCUCAGUGUGCGUGCGGCCGUGUGUGUGUGCGCGCGCUCCCGUGCAUAUGCGCUUGUGUGAAGCGCGUAAAGGUCUGAUCUGAUCGUACACGGUUGAGCGAAAAAUAAAAAAAAGUAGUGUACACCCAGCACAGCUGGAAAAGGUGGAAAAAAGUUCAAUCCAACCGGGUGAAAGUUCCCGAAGAUCGAUUCCCCACAAUUUGGGCUCGUGGCUUGUGAGUGUUUGCCUGUGUGAGUGUGUGUGUGCAUAUAUAACGCAGUGUGUGCGUGCGUGGUGCGGUUGAUUUUUGUGAGAAUUAAAAAUUGACCUGUGCCCCAUCUACCCAAUCAUAGCAACCAUCGCGAAAGCAGCAUUCGAUCCCAAUUCGAAGCAAAGUAUCGCGUUGUCGAAGGUGCCAAUUCCGACUUAAAAAUGAAUAAAUCCUGUGCCCGCUGCCAGAAGGUGGUUUAUCCUAUCGAGGAGCUGAAAUGUUUGGAUAAGACCUGGCACAAGACGUGCUUCAAAUGUCACGAAUGUGGCAUGACGUUGAACAUGAAGACGUACAAAGGAUUCAACAAACUGCCGUACUGUGAAGCACAUAUUCCUAAAGCCAAAGCUACGACGAUCGCGGAGACACCGGAGUUCAAGCGAAUCGCGGAAAAUACCAAAAUCCAAUCGAACGUCAAAUAUCAUGCGGACUUCGAGAAGCUGAAAGGAAAAGUGACGCAGGUUGCGGACGAUCCGGAAACGCUACGAAUCAAGCAAAACACGAAAAAUAUCUCCAACGUUGCCUACCAUGGCGAUCUGCAGAAAAAGGCCGCCAUGGAACGGCAGCGAGAGUGCACGGAAAUCAUCGACAGUAAAGACAACAACGAUCUAGAGUCGGAGUACUUUUCCGAGCAGCUGGCCGCCGAGUCGCUGCCCCAUUAUCAGCCGCCACCACCGCCACCGGUCGUGGCACCGUCGGCUGCUGGUCCAGCAUCGCAGCAGGUUAACAACAAUGGUGGCAUGGCCGUCGGACCAACCAACACCACAUCCCAGCAGGCCCAGAUCAUCUCUACCGCCAACAUUACCAAACACAACCAGGCGAACAGCUAUCAAGCAUCGCUUCAGCAACAGCAUCAGCAGCAACAGUAUCAGCAGAUGAACAACAACAAUAAAGCGGCCGGUGGUUAUUCACAUCAGCAGCAGCAGCAGCAACAACAACAGGGUGCAUAUCCUGCCGCCGGUGCGGCAUAUCAUCAACAUGCCACCAAUAAUGGUGCUGCCGGUAAUGCUGAGCAUGUACGCCACUCGGUGCUUCAGAAUUCAGCCACACCGUCCGGUGGGGGCGGUGGAGGCGCUGCGACGCAGAAGUACUACGAUCCGUAUGAUAACUAUGCCCGCCCGAACCCGACCGCCAAUCAGGUGAACAACAAUGGUACUGCUGGUGCACAUAUGGGCAACAACAAUCAUCACUACCAUCAAAGUCAGCAACAGCAGCAGCAGCAGCAACAUUUGCACCAUCAUCAGCAACACCACGGUGGCAUGAUGGAGCAGCAGCGUGCGAAUGGAUCAGCAGCCGUAUAUCAUCAACAGCAGCAGCAACAACAACAACAACAACAACAACAUCUGCACCAUGGUCAGUCGAACAAUAUUCAUCAUCAUCAUCAGCAAUCAGCAGGAAUGGUUGAUCCAUAUGGACAACAGCAGCAGCAGCAGCAACGCUACAGUGCCAACAGUAACAGUCAGUACGGUGGAGCAAUGCAUGCUCAGCAACAACACAUGUAUCAAUACAACAACGGCAACAUGAACAAUGGUGGUGCACCAUCAGCAGCCACAGCAGCAGCAACCGGUGCCGGUAUUGGCAAAAUUGCUGAUUACGAUCCAUUGACGGACGGUCCACGAAACGUACCACAGCCCAAUCGUCAGAGUGCAACGCUGAUCUACAGCUCCGGUAAUAUGUCGGCGAACAAUAAUCGACGAAUCGGUUCAGUUAACGACAUCGAUCCGGUUAAUGGUUACUAUGGCUCGGUAGCGGACAACUCGCAGGCGGCUCUUUAUCAGCAGCAACAGCAGCAGCAACUGUAUCAACAACAGCAACAACAGCAACAACACCGGCAAUCCCAGCAACAGCAACCGCAGUAUAUUCAACCGCCCCAACAGUACGCUGCACCCGCAUCAAAUGCAACGGGCAAAUCGAUGAGCAAAGUGCGCGUCUACCGAGCCCUGUACGACUACGAGGCGCAGGAUAAUGACGAGGUCGGCUUCAGCGAGGGUGACCUGAUCAUCGAGGUGAACUCAAUCGAUGCAGGCUGGAUGACGGGACGCGUCGAACGCACGGGCUUAACCGGGAUGCUGCCGGCGAACUAUGUCGAGCUGAUGAAAAUAUAAACCCAACCUCCUUCUCACUCCGUACGACAUCCGGGAAAAGGGGUGCUGUGGAAGUGUACGGUACAUGUACGUUCCUUCGAUCAAGAAUAUACGAUCGAGACGCGUUUUGGCGAAAAUCAAACCGAAGAACCAAUCACAGUGCCGAUCAGCUAUUAGACCUUUAUGCAAACACUUGCGAUCAAACAAUGCUUGAUUAAUUCUUUCUUUAAACCACAUUACUUCCGGGUAUUUGUAUGCAUUGCAGUGAAGCAGCAUUAAUAUAAAAUUGAAAAUGAGCAACGGAAGUAAAACAUGAUAAACGUGUGCGUAACUCGUGCAAACGAAGAAGAAUAUCAUAAUUGGGAAAACCACUGUUACAUCCUUCUUCUUCUUCUUCGGAUGAAACGCGCCCGGUAGCGUUGGUUUUUAAUUUAAUUUCUUUUUUGUUAUCUUUUUUUAGUUAUCAUUAUUAUUAAUCUUAUUGUAAUAAUUAUUAUUUUAACUGCUAUUAUUACCGAUCUGCCUACUACAAUACCCAACCCCAUUUUGGGUACAAUACGUACGUGUAGCAGUGCUUCUAUCCUUGUGCGGUGUAAAGCGGUAAAGGGCAGAAAGCAGCCGUGUGUGCAGCCGAAAUGUUUGAAUACAUCAUAUAGUGUAUGCGAGAUAUAGAAGCGUUCUUUUCAUAUGUUUGAUGUAUGGUUACAGGAAAAAUAUAGAGUACUAAUUGAGGAGAACAGGGUGCUUGUCGUGUAGGCGAUAUAGUCUCUGAGAAACAAUACACUACAAUGUGCUAGUAGUGAACACAACAGCAACCGAUAGAUAGUGUGUAAAACACUUACCAAUGCGGCAGAGACAAUGUUGUCGUAACAAUGCGAAAGGGGAACAAAAAGUUUUGUACUGGCAAGCAUUCAGCUUGAAUGUUGAACCUGGUAUUAUGCGAGUGUCAUCCUUUCAAUGCAGCAGGACAUAAAACGCGUACUGUAAUAUUUUUGUAUUUAAUAUACCACUUUUUAACCCUCCCCAACCUCUGGACCUGCUCACUGUGAACGUAACGAGAAGACCUAAAGAGAUGGAAGACCCUGGUAGCUUACUUCCAGAAUAUGAUACGAUUCGUGCCUAAUAGUUAGAGACUAUGCGUUAAAAAUCGUUUUCCUUUUUUUUCGUGUAUUGCCAAAAAAGCACGUCAUAUAAUCUGAAUAGACAAAACAGACUAGUUUAAAAUACAAAAAAAAAACACAACAAAUGUAUACAAGUAACAGUUUAGCUAAGUAAUAUCAAGUUAUAGUGGAAGAAAAAAUAAAAAAAAACACACACAUAAUAUUACCAUUUUCAACACUCAUAUACAACUUGAUUCCAAGAACAGUGUCUUCAGCAAACCUUCGUAUCAAUUGUUAGAGAGUACGAGCUUCCAUUGCGGUUUUUGUUUGUUUGUUUGUUUGUUUUGAUUUCUACUGUAAGUGCCCGAUUAGUGAAGAGGAAAAGGAGUAGAUAGAUAUCAACAAACCACACUGCGCCUUAGAGUAUAGAAGAAUCGCCUCACAACCGCCCUAAAACCAUACGUGCUUUACCUUUUUGUAUGUUGGUACACUAAACAUCGUACAGGAACGUAACAUUUGUUCUACAAACUAUUCGAGCCUAGUAUAAACCCCCCUUUUCUAACCUAAAUCCAAACCCCAACAAAACCGGUGGGAAUGAUGAUGACGUGUUGUGGCAAUGCAACCGUUGAAGCAUUUAACGCUUCCUCCUUUCCCAUUCCCGCUACACUGUACUAUUUGUUAAAAGGAAAUAAACGUUAAGGAAAAUGUUAUACAGUUAGCGAACAUGGUGCGAAAAGCGUACGUU